AUGGGCCAAGGGGGUGAUCCAAAGAGGGCCAGAGCUCGAUGGUGCACAAACGGCUCGCGGGAAACAAACGUGGUUGGCGAGGAACGGCACGGCAGUUGGGGGCGGCGGCGGGCUCCAAUAUCACUAGCGAAGCGAGCCCCGGGCGGGAAAAGCAGAUGUGGCUUGCGGAAGAUCGAAAGAAAAGAAGCCACUUGGGCUAGCGAUGGAUGCCAUCGUCCCAAGUCUGUGCAAGCCCGUGCUUCAUUAAAGGGUUUGGUGGUUCGUUUCUUCAAAUAG